GACUGCCAGUGCCAGAGGGGGAGGUGGAGGGAAGAGGAGAUAGUAAGGGUGCUUGGCUCGCUGUGGUGGUGACGAUGCAGGACGUUCUGACCCUCCAGGCGUCCCUCCAAACGCUUGGUUCCGUCCUCCCCAAGUGGUCCGGGAGGAGGGAGCUGUUCCUCAGCAGUGCUUCCCAACUUCGUCGCGCUUCUCCUCCUCUUUCUUCUUCGAAGGACUUGAGAAACGAUUUCUUAGAAGAAGGGAACCAGAGAUCCGUUUCGAGAUUGAAACCAGAUGAACAAUGUCUCAAGGACCUGCCUAGGAUAGUCUAUUAUGACAGAUUUUCUGCAACGCGUCGGAUGUUGUUUACAAGCAUGGCCAUGUAUUUCUGGGGUCAUCCUUCAUGGGUUCCUGCAGCUCAUGCUCUGGGUGAUCCUACUGUGACAAUUGAAGAAGUAACACCACCUAUUUACCCUUCUGGGAAGCUAUUCCCUACAGAGGAGCGCAUUGUCAACCUGUUUGCUAGGAACACGUAUUCCGUUGUGAACAUAUUUGAUGUUACAUUGCGACCUCAGUUGAAUAUGACAGGUGUCAUUGAGGUUCCUGAAGGAAAUGGUUCAGGAGUCGUGUGGGACAGACUGGGCCAUAUUGUUACAAACUAUCAUGUGGUUGGCAAUGCACUUUCUAGGAAUCCUAGCCCUGGCAAAGUAGUUGCGCGUGUUAACAUCCUUGUGUCUGAAGGGCUUCAGAAGAGUUUUGAGGGAAAGUUAGUUGGGGCAGAUCGUUUAAAGGAUCUUGCUGUCUUGAAGGUGGAGGCCCCAAUGGAUAUAUUGAGACCGAUCAAUGUUGGCACCUCGUCUGUUCUGAAAGUUGGACAGAGAUGCUUAGCAAUUGGAAACCCAUUUGGUUUUGACCACACUUUGACAGUUGGUGUUAUUAGCGGUUUAAGUCGAGAAAUUUUUAGCCAGGCUGGGGUGACAAUAAGUGGUGGAAUUCAGACUGAUGCAGCCAUUAAUCCAGGAAACAGUGGUGGUCCUUUACUGGAUUCAAAGGGAAAUAUGAUUGGAAUCAACACAGCCAUAUUUACACAGACUGGUACUUCAGCUGGCGUAGGCUUCGCUAUACCAUCUUCAACAGUGCUUAAAGUUGUUCCGCAGCUAAUCCAGUUUGGCAAGGCCAUUCGGGCAGGUUUGAAUUUGGAGUUAGCACCAGACCCAGUUGCAAAUCAGUUGAAUGUUCGAAAUGGGGCCCUUGUUUUGCAGGUCCCUGCAAACAGUCUUGCAGCAAAAGCUGGACUCUUACCUACCAGGAGAGGAUUUGCCGGUAACUUAAUCCUCGGAGACAUUAUCGUGGGCGUUGACAACCACCCUGUUAAAAAUAAAGCAGAGUUAUCCAAGGUUCUUGAUGAUGAUUAUAGUGUUGGGGAUAGGGUGCUAUUGAAGAUACAAAGAGGUGAUGAAAGGCUAGAGUUGCCCAUAAUAUUGGAGCAGGCGUCUUGAUUUGGCCCAGCUCAGGCCGAAUUUUGAUUUCUCAUGUUCUGUGUCAUUGGUUGAAACCGUGCAGAUGAUUGUGUAUGCCCAGACUUUGAUUUCUCAAUUUCUGGAAUUGUAAAAUAAAGAGAAUCUCGUGCAGAUAGUGA